AUGGCUGACGUUAUCACUCCAGCUUCAGAACCUCCUGCUGCUUCUACUCAACCGUCUUUCCGUCGUGGAUUUGUCAAACAAGUGUUAUCAGGCGAUGCUGUUGUUUUGCAAGGUCAGCCUACAAAUGGACCACCGCCAGAGACUACCGUUUAUCUAAGUAAUGUAGUUGCCCCUAGGCUUGGAAAACGUCCUACUGAAACCACCACAGCAACUGUUGAUGAGCCGUUUGCUUGGGAUUCUCGAGAGUUCCUUCGUAAGAAGAUAGUAGGUCAGAUGGUCACCUUUAUGAAGGAGUACACGGCUGCAUCCGGAAGGGAUCACGGCAAGAUAUACCUGGGUGGAACCAAAAACCUUACUGAGAGUGGAGUCGCAGCUGGAUGGCUCGAAGUUCGCCCUGGAAGAAUUGCGGAUGAGUAUGUCACGAGAUUGUUAGAAUUGCAAGAACAGGCGAAAGCAGCUGGUAAAGGGAAGUGGGGAAGUUCGAGUGACUCUAUCCGUGAAGUGAAAUGGGUAGUUGAGAAUCCACGACAGCUGGUGGAUCAGUACAAGCAGAAGCCUGUGGAUGCAGUUGUCGAGAUGGUCCGUGAUGGUUCUACACUGCGCGUGAUGUUACUACCCAGUUUCGAGUACAUCACUCUACAGUUGUCCGGAGUUCGUGCUCCAGCCACCAGGGCAGGAACAGAUGGUAAACCAGAACCGUAUGCAGAGGAAGCCAAAUACUUUGUUGAGCAACGACUUUUGCAGCAAGAUGUUCAGGUGAUACUGGAAUCUACCUCAAAUCAGAAUGUUGUGGGAUCAGUGAUUCAUCCAAAAGGAAAUAUAGCAGAGUCCUUGUUACGUGAAGGAUAUGCAAAAUGCGUUGACUGGAGCAUUGGAUUGUGUACAAGUGGUGCUGAAAAGCUUCGAGCGGCAGAGAAACAAGCGAAAGAUAAGAAACUACGGCUAUGGAAAACAUAUCAACCUUCAGCAGGAAGUGUUCUUUCUGGCGACAAGAAAUCGUUCACUGGAAAAGUUGUUGAAAUAAUUAUGUCUGAUGCAAUGAUGAUUAGCAAGGCAGAUGGAUCGGAGGUUAAGAUCCAUCUAGCUUCCGUGAGGUUGCCGAGGGAUGCCGAUGAGAAACCAUCUGUGGGACGACAAUUUCGACCGCUUUAUGAUAUUCCCUUUAUGUUUCAAGCUAGAGAGUUCCUUCGAAAGAGGUUGAUUGGUAAAACUGUCGCAGUAACAGUGGACUACAUUCAACCAAAAUCGGAGCAGUUUCCAGAAAAGACUUGCUGUACCGUUAAAAUUGGCGAACUAAACAUUGCGGAGGCCUUGAUCCUCAGAGGACUUAGUAAAGUUGUGCGACAUCGGUCCGAUGAUGAGAAUAGGUCAUCUGAAUACGACGCCUUGUUGGCUGCCGAGGCGAAUGCCGAGAAAAGUAGAAAGGGCUUGUUCGCUGACAAAUCUGCUGACAAAAAAGAUACUCUUCGCAUUCAAGAACUCCAAGGCGAUCUUGCUAGAAGCAAACAAUUUCUACCUUAUCUGCAAAGAAGUACACGAGCAGAAGGAGUUGUCGAGUUUAUAGCAAGUGGAUCGCGUUUGCGCAUAUAUAUCCCUAAGGAAACAAGUGGUAGACCAGGUCCUGGAGGUGUGACCACACCUUCUGAGCCUUUCGCUGACGAAGCAACAGCCUUCACCCGCCACUUGGUGCUACAACAUGAAGUGGAGAUCGAAGUUGAAGGGUUGGAUAAGAUGGGAAAUUUCAUCGGAUAUCUAUUCGUGGUUCCUGAAGGUGGAGGGAAGGCUCAAAAUCUCUCUGAACUCCUACUUGAUCAAGGUCUAGCAUCUCUACAUUUCACUGCCGAGAGAAGCGGACACUACAAUCAGUUGGCGGCAGCAGAACAGCGUGCCAAAGCGACUAGGAGGAACAUAUGGCAGAAUUAUAAAGAGGAAGAGGCUGUUUCUGAUGAAGUUAUUGUCCAGCAGAACGAUGCAGCUGAAAGACGUAUAAACUAUAAGAAGGUGGCUGUGACGGAUAUCUCGAAAGGCACGUUGAACUUUGCAGCCCAACAUGUCGAGGAUGGAGCAAAGCUUGAGAAAAUGACGGCAGAUUUGCGUGAUUACCUUCGUCAGCAUCCACCAAUGACAGGGGCAUUUAACGCGAAGCGCGGUGAUUUGUGCGCGGCACCGUUUUCUGUUGAUGGAUUAUGGUACCGUGCCAAGGUGGAAAGCAUUCGAGCUGGGCAAGCCGAAGUGCUGUUCAUCGACUAUGGAAAUCGUGAGGUCGUACCUGCUUCUUCUUUAACACAGCUACCUUCUGGUUUUGCUCAUAUACCUUCCGGAGCUAAAGAAUAUGGACUUGCAUUGGUUGCGAUUCCUAAUGACAAGUUGCUGUUCUCCGUUCCCACUGCCGAAAUCAAUGUUGAAUACAAAGUUGGGUCAAUUGAGUACUGCCAGGUUAUGAUAGAGUGUGCUGGGAAGAGAAUUGAUGUGGGUAAAACUCUCAUUGAAGAUGGAUUCGCACUUGUUGAGAAAAGAAAAGAGCAAAGGCUUCAAGCAAUGUUGGCCGAAUACGAACACGCUGAGCAGAAAGCACGUCGCGAACGCAAAAAUAUUUGGGAAUUCGGAGAUUUUACAGGGAGUGAUCUUUGA